AUGCUAUCAAGUGAUGAACUGAAAACUUUGAGAGGAUACUGUGAUCAGUUUCUUUCAGUGAAUUCAUUUUUUUCCACCACCGUUGAUUAUCGGCGAGCUCUUUCAGUGGUCAAUGCUUAUAAUGCUAAAGCUGGUGUAGAAUGCGUAAUGUUUCAAAUCGAUGCUGAUCCUACGAUGGCCAUUGCAAAACCAUUUGCUGAUAUUAGUUCACAUAGUAAAUUCAAGGAUGGAGAGGAGAUCCUCUUUAUGCUUGGUACUAUUUUUCGUUUGAACAGCAUUAAUCGUAGCAGCGAAGGCCAAUUUUGGAUCAUCCAAAUGACUAUGUGGAAUGGCGAUGAAGAUGAUUUAAAACAAAUUCUAAUGACUAUGAAACAGCAACAUAGGAAUAGAGAAACAAAUCUUCAAACAUUAGGAAAAUUAUUGUGGGAGAUGGGAAAGCCUGAUUUAGCUGAGAAAUACUUCAUUCGCUUCUCAAAAAAACUCCGACCCGACGAUCCUUUACUUGUUAAUUUGUAUAUCGACCUUGGCGAACUCGCAUCUCAAAACGGUGACUACGAGAAGAUGAUUCGUAAUAUUCCAGCUAAUGCUCGAUGGACACAAAAUGGAACGACUAUUGCUGGUGAUCAUGAAACAGGCAGUGCCACUCAUCAACUCUACGGUCCUAGUGGCCUAUUUUUUGAUAAUGAUCAAACGAUAUUAAUUGUUGACUGUUGCAAUAAUCGUAUCGUCCAAUGGAAGUUGGGUGAUACGAAGGGACAAGUAGUAGCUGGUGGCCAUGGACCAGGAAAUCGAUCGGAUCAAUUGAAUUUCCCAACUGAUGUCUUGAUUGACAAAGCGACGGAUAGCUUCAUUAUCUGUGAUCGAGGCAAUAGGCGGGUUCUACAAUGGUCUCGUUGCAGGGGCACUACUCACGGAGAAAUCCUCCUCAACGACAUAAAUUGCUAUGGAUUGGCCAUGGAUGAUCAGAGAUGUCUCUAUGUAUCUGACACUGAUAUACAUCAAGUACGGCGAUAUCAGAUAGGGGACAUCAAUGGAACUGUUGUGGCCGGUGGCUUUGGCUUUGGUACUGAUCUCGAUCGGCUCAACCAACCGACCUAUCUCUUUGUCGAUCGACAACAGGCUGUCUACGUGUCGGAGUACUAUAAUCACCGUGUGACAAAAUGGAAGAAAGGUGCAAAAGAAGCAACUCUUGUCGCUGGAGGUCUAGGCAGCGGCAACACUCUAGCACAUUUCUCCUAUCCUGGAGGACUGUUCGUCGAUACAUUGGGUGCCAUCUAUGUGGCAGACACGAACAAUAAUCGUGUGAUGUGUUGGUCUAAAGGAGCGACGCAGGGCACUGUCAUUGUGGGUGGCAAUGGUCCAGGAAAAGAAACAAAUCAAUUAAAUGGGCCCACAGGUUUGUCAUUCGACCAACAUGGCAAUUUAUACAUUGCCGAUGGGCGGAAUGAUCGAAUUCAACGCUUUUCUAUCGAGAAGACUUACUAAGAUCAUUAAUUCUUGUUGUUCUUUCAAUCAAAUAAAUUAAAAAUUAUAUAGAACAAAUAACUAUUCAAACAAAUUAAGGGCUCCCCCGCUAAAAACAACGUUUUCUUCUAUGCAUCCAAUCUUGAUGGAAUUUUCAGUGGAGGUGUAUCUUGGGCUAGGCACCUCGUAGUAAAAAUUUCAGCUCGAUACAUUGAGUCUACCAAGAACUGGUGUAAGCUUAUCGAUCAAAAUUUAGGUUUCCAUGGGCUCCAAAUUUCUCCACCACUUUCAAUGCUAAAAAGUUCGGGUUGGUUUUAAAAUGUAGCCGAAACAUGGCGCUACAACUUAACAAGGCCCAAUUUUUUGUUUUUUCCCUAGCUUGUGUUUCUAGGAGACUUCUCCGGCAAAAUACGGAAAAUCCAGUGGAUGUAGGUCCGGAACUGUUAGUUUUCAAUAAACACUAAGGGCAAAAUCAAAAUAUCCGACU